AUGUAUUGGGCCUGGAUCUGUCUCACUGCCUCCUCUCUAUAUGUGACUGCUGUCUCUGGUGGCAAGGUGCUUGUUUACCCGAUAGAUGGGAGCCACUGGGUGAACAUGAAAGUCAUCAUUGAGGAACUACACUCCAGAGGCCACCAGGUCGCCGUCGUGCAAACAAACGACAGCUGGUACAUCAAGGAAAAGUCGCUGCUCUACACCUCCAUUAUACUAGAUGUGGAGUCGGGUUUCGGCAAAGAUUUUAUCACGUCGUUUGUGGAGCAGUUGCUUAAGCUCCAGCGGGAGGGGAACCCUGCCUGGACUCGUUUCAAACUGGAAAUGGAGCAAGCGGAAAAAGCCUCGCUGCUGCAUGAGAAAACGGGGAAAUUGCUGCAGUGGCUGUUUAAAAAGAAAGACUUGGUAGAGUCUCUGAUAAGUGCAAAGUAUGACCUUGUCCUGACAGAUCCUGGUCUACCAGGCGGUGUCAUCCUGGCCCAUUACCUCAAACUACCUCUGGUCUUCAACGUGAGGUGGACCAGUCACGGCGAGGGCCACUUUGCAAUGGCACCGUCCCCUCUGUCCUACGUGCCCAUGACAGGAACAGGACUUUCCGAUAAAAUGAACUUUUUUGAAAGAGUUCUUAACGUUCUGGUUUUUGUCUUUGGAGAAUAUCAAAUGGCCAAGUACAUCAAACCACAUUACGAAGGCUUGAUUCAAAAGUAUUUAGGUCCAGACAUGAAGUACGACUCAUUGUUCCAAGCAGCCGACCUGUGGCUCAUGAGAGUGGACUUUGUCUUUGAGUUCCCUCGCCCCACCAUGCCCAACGUCAUCUACAUGGGAGGGUUUCAAUGCAAACCUGCCAAGCAUCUACCCGACCACCUGGAGGAGUUUGUGCAAAGUUCUGGAGAACAUGGAGUCAUCAUCAUGUCUCUGGGGACUUUUGUGGAUGAACUACCUACCGACUUAGCCGAUAUGAUAGCGGCAGCAUUUGCCAAGAUACCUCAGAAGGUCAUCUGGAGGUAUAAAGGUGCUAAACCGUCCACUCUGGGCAACAACACUCUCCUGGUGGAUUGGAUGCCACAGAACGACCUCCUUGGACAUCCCAAGAUAAAACUCUUUGUGGCUCACGGGGGAACAAAUGGCGUCCAGGAAGCUAUUUAUCACGGUGUUCCGAUCCUUGGGCUUCCACUCAUUUUUGAUCAACGAGACAAUCUUUUCAGGAUUAGUGCGAAAGGAGCAGGGAAGGUCGUUGAUAUCUUCACAAUGGAUCAAGAUAUAUUUUCCCAGGGUGUACAGGAGUUGCUGACUGAUCCUUCCUACAGGAUGAACAUGCAGAGACUCUCCAGGUUGCACAGAGAUCAGCCCAUCGCGCCAAUCGACAACGCCCUCUUCUGGAUCGAGUUUGUCAUGAGACACAAAGGUGCAGCUCACCUGAGGACCGAGUCCUACAAGCUGCCCUGGUACGCUUACUACUCUGUGGAUGUGGUUCUCUGCUUAGCUGCUGUGGUACUCAUUAGUCUCGUUUGUCUGAGUGCCUUGAUUUACUGUCUUUGCUCCAAAGUGUGUCUGAAAAGAAAAUGUAAACGUGAUUAA